GGCAGCAUUAGUUCCCAGACUGACGUCAUACAGUUGGGCUGGGAAAAACAUGGAGCUGGGAGUGGAGAGAGGUUCGUAACCCUCACUAAUCACUGACCGCACGGUCUGAAACCAAGCUCGCAGAAAACAUUAGUUCCUCAUUAUAUUUUUGGGAUUGCACGUGCUGAUGUGGAAGACCUAGUUCCUCGCCUGAAACCAUUUGAAGACCCACAUGUCUACCCUAGGCCCCGAACACAGAGAAACAAGGUGCCAUGAGUACAACGGGCAAGGUCAGCGGAAUUAAACCCCCCAGUAAAAUAGUCCGCCCACCAGGCGUUCCAAUAAAGACGUCGCCAUCUUCUGGUACUGCAAAGCCGGUCCCGCCUGAGAAGCCCCAUGACACGGUGACCUCCCCGGCCCAAGAUGGAAGCAGCGACUUUCAGGUUGGAGAUAAGGUCUGGGUCAACGGCAACAAACCAGGCCACGUGCAGUUCAUUGGCAGCACUCAGUUUGCUCCAGGGCAGUGGGCAGGUAUCGUGUUGGAUGAGCCGAUUGGAAAGAACGAUGGAUCGGUGGCAGGAGUGCGAUACUUCCAGUGUGAGGAUGGAAAGGGAAUAUUCACACGUCCUUCAAAGCUAUGCAGGGCUGCACAGCCAGAGAAGGAGACCAAUGGGGGCCAGGCGAGUCCUGCACAAGCAGAGCCUACGACGACAACAACAACAACAACAACGAUGACAACAACAACGACGAUGACAGCAACGACGACGAUGACAGACCCUGUUCCUGUUGGCACUACAGUAACUGAUAAAGCUCCGGGUUCUGGAAUCAGGACAAGUGCAAUCCUGAAUCGCAAGAUCACGUCCAGUGAGUCUGUGUCAAACCUGUCAGACCCAGACUCUCUGAAGAAGGCCAAGCGGGAGCUCAGACUUGGAGACCGCGUGCUGGUGGGUGGUACCAAGGCAGGAGUCGUGCGGUUUCUUGGAGAGACAGACUUUGCCAAAGGAGACUGGUGUGGUGUGGAACUAGAUGAACCCCUGGGCAAGAAUGAUGGAGCCGUGGCAGGGACCAGGUAUUUCCAGUGUUUGCCCAGGUUUGGCUUGUUUGCCCCAGUUCACAAGGUGACGCGUAUUGGUUUCCCCUCCACGACACCCACUAAAGCAAAGAGCUCAAAGAGGAGGUCCACUCUCCUAAAGAGGAGCCCCAGUGCCUCCUCCAUCAGCACACUCAGCUCUGCCACCUCCUCAGUCAGCGGCAAACCCAGCCGAGCAGGACUGCUGACGGAGACGUCGGCCCGGUACGCUCGUAAGAUCUCUGGCACCACAGCGCUGCAGGAGGCGCUGAAGGAGAAGCAGCAGCACAUCGAGCAGCUGCUGGCCGAGAGAGACCUGGAGAGAUGUGAGGUGGCAAAGGCCACCAGCCAUGCAGGAGAGGUGCAGCAGGAGCUGGUCCUGCUGAGGAAGGGCAGGGAUCAGUACGCCGUGGAGAUGGAAUCCAAACUUGACCAGCUGCGUUCGCUGGUUGAAGCAGCCGAUCGAGACAAGGUGGAGCUUCUGAACCAGCUGGAGGAGGAGAAGAGAAAAGUGGAGGAUCUGCAAUUCCGUAUGGAAGAGGUGUCCAUCACCAAAGGAGACCUGGAGACGCAGUCCAGGCUGGAGCAGGGCCACAUUAAGGAGCUUGAGCAGAGCCUGCUCUUUGAAAAGACCAAAGCUGAAAAACUCCAGAGGGACUUAGAGGACACUAGGGUGGCCACUGUAUCUGAGCGCUCCAGGAUCAUGGAACUGGAGAGGGAGGUAGCAGAUCUUCAGCUCAGGCUGCGAGCAUCCCAGCAGAAGGAGGAUGCAGUGUCUCUGUCCCAGCAGCAGAUCAGCAGCCUGAAGGCCCAGGCUCAGUGUCAAGAGAAAAGGAUCAGUGAGCUGAGCGUUGACUUGGAAAGUAAACAGAAGGAGCUGCAGUGUCUGGAACAAGACAGGAGUUCUCUGGAGCAGCAGCUGAACGACCUGAGACAAAAGCUGGAGACAGCCGAGGAGGAGAGCAGCAGGAUGGCCAAGACCGUGAGAGAGCUGGAGCAGAGUGUGGAGCAGUCACAGAAAGACUAUCAGACCCUCAAAGAGGAGAGUCAGUGCAGAGAGAAGAAGAUGGAGGCCCAGCUUGCAGAUGCCACCGAGAAGUACGACAGGACGACUGUGUCCCUACAAGAGCUGACCAAUGAGAGUAAAGCUGUGGAGACAGAGCUUGAGGCUUUGAAACAGCAGAACUCCAAAUACCAGGAGGAGCUCAGUCUGUCCAAGGAGCGGAGCAGCGCUGAAAACCAGAGAAUUGGAGUUCUCUGUCAGAAAAUUGAGGAGCUGAAGCUGGCCUCCCAGAAGUCACAGCAUCUGGAGGAGCACAACGAUGACCACAGCGGUCAACAACCAGACGUGACGUCCAGAGAAACCGCCUCGAUCCCAGAAACUGACGGGGAAGGGAAUUUCCAGAAAUCCACUGCGGCCUUAAUCACAGACAAGGAUCGGGAACUGGAAACUCUCAGGAACGAGAUCGCAGUUCUGAGAGGAGAAAACGCCGUGGCUAAAACGCUGCAGUCGGCUGUGGAGACUUUGGAAAAAGACAAAGCUCAGCUGCAGGGCCAUGUCCAGAGACUGGAGCACAGACUCAUGGGAACACAGGUGUCAGAGGGUGAAGGCAAGGACGCUCCACAGUCAGGUGGUGCAGCUCUGGAGCAGCUGAGGGAGGAGAAGGAGUUCGCCGAGGGACAGGUGAGUCCGUCUCUUCAAAUCCACGUCGUUCACGCUGUCAGUGCUCACGUCUGUCCUGACCUUUUGCCCCAGAUCAACUUUCUGAACGGCGUCAUCGUGGACCUGCAGCGGAAGAAUGAUGAGCUGAAGAUGAAGCUGAAGAAGUUGGCCCUGGCAGAGUUCAACGUCACCAGCGGGACUGAUGGUUUUGAUCAAGGUGAUCCAAAGCCGGAGAAGAAGGCGACCCCGCGCCUGUUCUGCGACAUCUGCGACUGCUUUGACCUCCAUGACACCGAGGACUGUCCCACUCAGGCCCAGAGCCCGGACUCCGUUCCCCACACCACCUAUCACGGCAACCCCGCCGACGAGAGGCCGUACUGCGACAUCUGCGAGGCUUUUGGACACACCACCGAGUCCUGCAACGACGACCAGACCUUCUAGAAGCUGCGUCCGUCCCCCUCCUCUUCAGCACCUUCGGCUCUUCUCCUACGUUUCCCAACAUACCUGCAGAGUUUCCAUAGUGUAUUUUUAUACCGUAUUUAUUCAUAUCACUGGUAGCCGCUGUUGUCUGUCCUGCAGCUCUUUUCCCCGCGGAGGCAAAACUGUGCUGUGAUGCAGGGAGCUCGUCCAAAUAUGCUGCUUGGAAUUUACAGUAGAUGACGUCCGUCCUCUGCACUUGUCGUUUCCUAUUUGAGGUCAGAGGGAGAUGCAGCAAAGCUAAGCACAUUUUAAAAAAGAUAAUUUAAGCUUCUUGAUGCUUCUGUACUCUGUGUCACAUUCCAGACUGAUAACUGCCAUGUCACACACUCCGCUGGCGCUCCUUUAUCAGCUUCAGCCAGUGGAGUAUGAGUGUCACACUCAUCAGAGAAAAGAAAACAUUCAGGUAGACUCUUACGUCUAAAAGUGUAGUAUUUAGUUUAAAUAAAACUGCAGUACUUUAUUAUCAGAUCAUUGCAGCAGUUAGCUUUAACCAUGCUGCUUGUUGUUUAAUUUAUCCCAAAAAUGCUAAAUUCAGAGUAGUUCAGAAAUGUAAUUUUUAUCUUCAGUAUCAACAGUUUCAUGAUAAAUUGUAAUUAUUACUAGAUUACUUUGGAUUAAAAAAAAAAAGAAUUUAACUGAAUUCUCAGAAUAUUUUAAAUUUGUUCCCAAAUACAAUUAAAAAAGUUUAGGGGCCCUGAUACUCUGCCUGUUACCAGUUAAACUAACAUGGAAUUCUUAUUGACUUAGGAAAAUGUAGUUUGCAAAACCAAAUAUCAAUUAUUCUGCCACAUAUUUAAUUAAGUCAAUAUUUUAAAGACAUGUUGUUUGCUAGUUUUGUUGUAUUGAAGAAUUUUCUGUGUUCAUUUCAUUGUUAAAAGGUUUCAGGAACUACUACUCUAUGUAGCAUGAGGAGAGAUUAUUUUGUUAUCUAUCAUGUACUAAGUCAUUUAAUGUAUUUAACGCACCUAAGUAACGUAAAGUUACUGCAGUUCUUGUCGAAGUUUAUUGUUACUUGUCUAACCCUCUGACUAAGCAGUGCUGUUCCUGCAGGGACGUUAGCGCUGACAUGACCUGUACAGUUUGUACCAGAGACUCCACUCACAUAGAAUUGCACAGUCCACUUUAAAAAACCUAACAAACACGAACGGCGCUUUAACGUUACACUUUCCUUGUUAUUUAAUAGUCGUUUUCACUUCCCUGUGAAUUGUGGAAAACAAAUGUAAACAGUUUGGGGUUAGUUUGGUAAACCUGAGGCGUGUCCGCUUCUGAAACAGCCACACAUUACCAAAGUGUUUAUGCAUGAUCUAUUACAAUUGAAAUAAAUGUCAAAUCUGAAGGACAAGAUUCCAAAAACAAAUGUCAAACUGUUCCAGCCUCGUGCGGAGACAGCGGUUUUUGACCUUCCGUCCUGAAGCACAAUUUUGUAUCAUACUGAAUCUCGCGGUGUAACGGUGUGUAUUAUAAAUGCCUAACUGUUCACACUAGCCCUUGUAAAUACUCUUGGAAGUGGAAAGAAAUGAGAGCUUUUAUGUCCACUAGAUAUUUUUUUGCCCCGUUGCUCAGACUGACGUUGUGUACAAAGAGCUUUUCAAACAGAAGCUCUUUAUGACGAUGAACUGUCGUGUGCUGUACACGUGGUAUGUCUAAUUAUUAGUGCGUUUUAUAUAUGUAACCAUUCAGGUGCUGUCUGUGGAAAUGGUUCGGCCAUUCGACAGAUCUGGACGUGAUGUGUAAAAUGUCACUGUUUUCUCUGUACUGUAUCUUGACCAGUCCAAAUGAAGUAAUAAGAGCAAACGGGCCUCUUGUCUCGUGUUUGUCGCCUUCAAUCGUCUGAAGUGGUCUGAUGAUCAACAGUCACGACAAUAAGAAAUCAAUAAAACACUGAUACAUUUUAUGACUUUUAUUAAGAAAACAAAACCAUUGGACAUGAUAAAAACCAAGCACUACUGAUGGAAUAAAUAAGUCAAAAAAACCAAACCAUAAAUCUGUACAAGAUCUAAAGUGAAACAAAAUGGUCCCAU